UCGCAAAAUCUCCAAGACCUUAUUCAAGAAAACUCGCUUCCUUCCCCCAUCUCCUCUCCUCCUUCCUCGCUGACGCUGACGAACUCUGUGUGUGUGUGUGUGUGUGUGAAGAAACCCAGCAGCGGACCAACCCAUCAGCCAUGGCUGAUAAGAAGGAGAAUCAAGAAGAGAAAGAGAUCAAGAUCCCUGUCUUCUCUGUUCUCAAGAAGGGCAUCGUCCUCAAGAAUAUCAUCCUCAACAGCCCGCCACCCGAACCAAUCCCCUCGGUCUUGAAAUCUCGUGAAAACGGCGAUGCCUCCAACCAGGAAGGGGAGCCCAUAAUUUUUGGCCGACAUCCAGACUGCCACAUCGUGCUCGACCACCCGAGCAUCAGCCGUUUCCACCUCGAGGCCCGUGCAAUUCCAUUGAUGCAGAAGCUCUCAGUUACCGAUCGUUCUUCGGUUCAUGGGACUUGGGUCUCGGGGACCAAGAUCCCACCAAAUGUGCCUAUGGAACUAGUGGAGGGAGACACGGUGAGGCUUGGUGCUUCAACCAGGGAAUACAGGCUUCAAUGGGUUCCUCUGAGCCGUGCUUUUGAAAUGGAAAACCCUUUGUCUCCGCUGCUCGAAGAGAAGGAAGAAACUCAUCAGGAGGAUAAACCUGGGCAGCUGAUCACUGAUCCAUAUGAACUAUGGGAUACAGAGAUCCCUUCAGCACCUCCCAUGCCAGACUGCAUGAACCCUUCACCUUCUGAUGUACCAUUUUCAUUGCCAGUCGAAGGAGAAGAACAGAAACCAGAAAGAAGAGGGUCGAUGGAGGAGAACUCCUCGAGCUUCUCUUCGGUUGCUCCACUGCAAGAAUCUGUGGGUUCUUCAUUUCCCAGGGAGCAAGAGAUUGGGUACCCAGAAAGAGGGCAUCCAAGCCCGAUGGGAUCCAAGAAGCGGGCAUCAAGCCUCUUGUCAAGGAGGAGCAAAUCUAAAACUGUUAGCUUUCUUCGCAUACAUACCGGGAGGAGUAGAGAAAAUAUUAGCAACAUGAGCUCUGAUGCAGAGGUGGAAGUGGGAGUCAAGAAAGAGAAUGGAGCACUUUCUGAAAGGAGCAAGAAAGAGGAAGCAAUCCGUAGGGAUUUGCCUGACAAUUUGGGUGGAAAAGAGGAGGAGAAAGAAGCAGCAGCAGCAGCAGCAGAAGAAGAAGAAAGUUUUGGACUGGAUAAGGAGAAUAUGACCCCAAAGGGUUCCAUUAGUCGAAAGUUGAAGAGCAGGCGCCCAGAUUUACGGGAAUCAUCUACGCUUGUUACUACAUAUUUGAAUAUGGAAGAAGAUGUGUUUCAUUCAGAUAUGGAGUAUUGGAGACCUGAAGUUCUUAGGGACCUGAAGCUGAAUGAGCCCACCUAUGAGAAUGUGGUGAAGAGCGAAAGGGACGAAGAGAUGUUUGGUUCAGAUAAGGAGAAUUUGACACCAAGUAUCUCUUCCGGUCGGAUGAUAAAAGAAAGGAGCUACAAAAUGCUGCAGAGAUCAUCUUUCAACACCAUUGCAGCUUCAAAUGUGGUCGAAGGUGUGUUUGAUUCAGACAAAGAAAAUAGGACACCUGAAAUUCCUCGAGAGAUGAAGCCAGAAAAACCCAGCUUUGGACGUCACAUAAAGACUGAAGAUGAAGAGGAUGAAGCAUUUCCUUCAGAUAAAGAGAACUUGACACCUCAAGGCUCAUUCUCUCUGAAGGCAAAGGAAAUUUCCUCCAAAAGCAGUGCUAGAAUUGGAAGAGAGAUGAUGAGGAAAGGGGUUGAUAGGAUGCCACUUCAGCUACUGUUCGAGAAUUAUAGUUCGACAAAAAGCAGUUAUGUCAAUGAUGCCCAAACGGCCCCCAGUGAUGGUAACUGCACUUCCGUCAACCAUACUGAAGGAAUUGGAGAUGAAAUGAAUAUCUGUUCUAUCCAAUCCAUGGAUAGGGAAAGAGAGGAGAAGAAGAUAUGGAACAUGGUGGUGGAUACGAGUUGUUUCCUGGAUGAUGAAUCAAGAAGGUCUCUGCAGCUAUUAGAGGGCCUAAAAGGGACUCAUCUCAUCAUUCCAAGGAUUGUUAUAAGGGAACUCGACAGCCUGAAACGGCGUGAGAGCCUCUUCAGGAAGUCCACAAAGGCUUCUUCAGUAUUGCAGUGGAUAGAGGAUUGUAUGGUGCAUACAAGUUGGUGGAUUCAUGUCCAGAACUCAAUGGAGAUUAUGCCAGUGGCACCAACUCCCCCCGCUUCUCCUCAAUCACAAUUAGGCAAUGGAAGUAGCGACUUCGGUGCUGGUGCCUCAAAUUCCAUUGCUUUCUCUGCAUGGGGAAGUUUGAUGGAGAUUGUUUCUCCGACAGCUGAAGACCAUAUCCUUGAUUGCGCAAUCCUGUUCAAGAAAAUAAAAGAUGGACAGUUUGUCCUUUUAUCUAACAGUGUCACACUAAAAAUUAAAGCCAUGGCAGAGGGGCUGAUUUGCGAGUCGCCAAAGGAAUUCCGUGAGAGCCUUGUGAACCCAUUUUCAAAGAGAUUUCUGUGGGUGGACAGCAGCCCGAGAGGAUCUACUUGGUCUUGCUCAGACGAGACAGGCCUAGUGGAGAACUAUUACCACCAACGCCCAACCGUGAGAAAGGCAGUGAAGGCAGCUGAGGCUGUCAAAGGAUUGAAACUUAUAUUGCUGCAUAAUUCUCAUUAUGGACAGACCAACUCGGUCAAGUAAACAUUCAUAACUUUUCUUGUUCAAACCUCUAGAUUGUACGAAUUGCCUACCAUUGCAAACAAAUCUCGUUGAGAUGGCACACAGAUUGCUGAUAAAUCUAAUCUCUUGUGUUAGUUUUUAUGUAAUCAUGUACCAAAUUUCUUCCUUUAUAUCGAUCUCAUCUCCUCUACAGUUUA